AUGGGCCCCACAGUCACAUUCCUGAUUGCCAUUGACACCCUUCCCAGGCCCACCCUCUGGGUCUUCCCAAGUCCUGUGGUCCCCAGGGGAGCAGAUGUGACCCUCAGGUGCCAGGGCCACCUGGGGAGUGACAGAGUCCAGCUCUGGAAGGAUGGAGAACUCAGAGAUGAGAGAAAUGCAUCCUGGCAGCAGGCAGAGUUUGUGCUCAGGAAUGUGGAUGACCAGAGAGAUGCAAGAAGCUACAGCUGCCGUUCUGGGCAGGGGCCCUGGUGGUCAGAGCUCAGUGAAGCCCUGGCCCUGGUGGUGACAGGUGAGGGAGUGCUGGUCUACAGCCAUACCUGGUGGGAAAGAGGAGCCCUCCUCAAACCUGUCAUUUCAGCCUUACAUGGCUCCACAAUACCCCCAAGGACAACAGUGACCAUCUGCUGCCAAAUAUCAUCACGGGCUCCCGCUCAGGACUACAGCUUAGCCCUGCUGGAGGCAAAGAGCCUGGAGCCUUUGCAGCAACAAAGCCCUGCAGGGACCCGGGCUGUUUUCUCACUUCUGUCUGUGAGGCCCCAGGACACUGGGAGCUACAGCUGCAUUUACUACAAGGACACAGCCCCGCACAUAGGGUCCCAUCCUAGCCAGGCCCUGGAGCUGACUGUGUCUGGAUGGCUCCCCAAACCCAUUUUGUGGGCCCAAACUAACCUCAUGGUGGCCCCAGGGGCCAACAUCACUCUCUGGUGUUCAAGGCCCAAGCCGUCUUUUCUUAAAGAGGUGACUUUCACUCUGUGGAAGGCUGGGACCCAGACUCCCUUACAGCAGCAGACCUCAUCAGAUCUCUGGACUGACUUCUUCCCAUCUGUGAAACCUGAGGACACUGGGAGCUACAGCUGUUUUUACAGGGAAAGUACAGCAUCUGCUAGAAGAUCAGAGCCCAGUGUGGCCCUGGAGCUGGUGAUGCCAGAUUCUCUUCCCAAGCCUUCCCUCUCAGUCUGGCCUGGACCAGAGGUGGCCUCAGGAGCCAAUGUGACCCUCCUGUGCUGGGGGCCCUCGUGGAGUGGUACCUUUGUUCUGGACAAGGAUGGAGAUGAGAAAAUGCUGCCAAGCACUGAUACCACUCAAGAUGGGGCCAAGUUUUUCCUGACUCACGUGACCCCCAAGCACUCUGGCAAUUACAGCUGCAGCUACCAACUUCCCACUGAUGGAAGUCUCUGGAUAGAACACAGUGAGCCCCUGCAGCUCAUAGUGACAGAGCCCAGUAACACCCUUGUUAUCAUCCUCAGCUAUGUUUCCUUCCUCCUCCUCCUCCUCUGCCUUUUGCUGGCAAUGCUUUGCCAAGGAUACAUUAAUAUGGGGUCUUCACAAGGAGAAAGCCCUAGGAGGUGUCUUUGUUGCCCUUGUCUUUCUUGGAGUACCUGCCUGCCCCAUCAGCCUGAGGCCUCCAGAGAGGACACCCUGCAUAGGUUAUCUGGGAAGGAAUAAGGUCCCCAUGGUGGAAGACCCCCAGGAAAUGACCUAUGCUCAGCUGAACAUUAGAACCUUUAAUAAGAGGAAAACUGCCCACACGAAGACACAGAAACAGUCCAUCAUUUAUUCCACUGUGCCCAGGCACUGAGGGUUUGGGCACCUUUCACAGAAGAAAUUCUCUCUCAUCUUCUCCCCUCCCAUCUUCUCUUCUCCCAUCUCCUCUCCUGUCCCUCACCACUAUUUCAUUUGUUUUUUGAGUACAUCUUCCCCAGGUUUCUAUCAUUGAGGAACCAUGUUUAUUGGGGUUAUCCAUUUUUAGAUUUGUGCAAAGCAAGUGCAUCCAUCUAUGAUAAUGAGAGACAUUACAAGACACAUACAGAAUAGAAGGAGGACACUCAUCUCAGAGAGGAAGUUAUUACCAUUUGCUCAGAUCAGGAAAGGCCUUCUGAACUAGACCGGAUUGGAGCUGAGUUUUAAAGAAAUCCAGGCAACUAAGAGGGAAGAUAACAUUCCAGGCAAAGGGGACAGCCACCACAGAGGCAUGAAGUUAGGAGACUAUGGUGUACAAGGACAAAAAAAACCUCCUUUGUAGCUGUUUUAUAAAGUAGAGGAAAAUGAAGUGUAAGAAGAUUGGAAAUGGAGUAAACCACUGGGCUCACUUCCUCACUGCCAUCCUCCCCUCAUCACUCAGAUUCCUCUCAUGUAUCCAGUCUGAUGCCAAGCCUGUCUUUUCCACCUCCAUAACAUCUCUUGUAUGUGUCCCUUUCUCUCCAAUCACACAGCUGCUACCCUGGGGUCCACUUCACACCUGGUCUAUUGCAAUCACCUGCUGGUGCGUCUGCCUGCCACCAGUGUCUCUCACUCCAGUCCAUCAUCCACUCAGCCAUCAAACUGAUGUUUCUAAAGUGCAGGUCUGAUUAUGCCAGCCCCCUAGUCAAUAAACUGCAUUUGUUCCUUAUAAACUCUAGGAUUAAAUAUGAAAUCCUGUGUCAUCCCAAGCCCUUCCUAACCUCCCCCAUGACCUUUUAACUCUUCUUACACUUUAUGUCCUCUCACACUCUCUUGGUACAGGUGCCCUUUGAAUAUCUUGUUGGUAUUCAUGGGGUCCAGUCCCACCACACCCCCAACCAACCAUUAUUACACACUUCAGUACUUGAGAGGACAAUUAAUACAACUUUUAUCUUCUUAUAUGUGGUGAAAAUUUACAUUAGGACUCCCAAACCAAUCCACAUCAGCUAUUUUUGUUCCCCAAUUAUAUGUAUAUCU